AUGCUCGGCGUCGAGCGAUCGCUGCUCGGCAAGCGCUGGCGCGCGCGGCUCGCCGAUUCCAUGGCUGGGCUGUCCCUCGCCCAAUCCAUCGAGUUGCCCGAACUGAUCGGUCGCGUGCUCGCGGCCCGCGGCAUUGCGGCGGAGGAGGCGCCCGAAUACCUCGACCCGACGCUCCGCCGCCUUCUGCCCGACCCCCUUCACCUGCGCGACAUGGAAAAGGCUAUUGCGCGGCUCGCCCGCGCGCUCGAAACGGGCGAGAAAAUCGCGAUCUUCGGCGACUACGAUGUGGACGGCGCGACCUCGGCCGCGCUCCUCAGCCGCUUCCUUGAAGCCGUCGCCGGGCCGCCGACGAUCUACAUCCCCGACCGCCUGCGCGAGGGCUACGGCCCGAACGGUACAGCCAUGCGAAUACUCGCGGCGCAGGAUGUCCGGGUGGUCGUCACCGUCGACUGCGGGAUCAGCGCCUUCGACGCGCUCGCCGAGGCUGCCGACGCAGGCCUCGACGUGAUCGUGGUCGACCACCACCUGGGCGAGGCCCGGCUGCCACCUGCCUGCGCCGUGAUCGAUCCCAACCGGCUGGACGACGACAGUCCGCACCGCCAGCUCGCCGCCGUGGGGGUCGCCUUCCUCCUCGUCGUCGGGCUCAACCGCCAUCUGCGCGAGGCAGGCUGGUAUCGCGACCGGGCGAGCCCGACCUCCUGCAAUGGCUCGACCUCGUGGCGCUCGGCACCGUCUGCGACGUGGUGCCGCUCACCGGCGUCAACCGCGCGUUCGUGCGCCAGGGCCUCACGGUGA